CGCUGAUUUACAUAUAUUUAUGUAUUUAUUAUAAAAAUCAUUAAAAUCAUUGAUAAGCAUCACGUUCAUGAAAGUUAUUCCUUCUGCAACCACAAGCGCUAUAAUCGGAAAGCAGCAACGCACAAUUCCAAGACGGAAUUUAAAGCAUGAAAUAAAAAAAGGAGAGAAUAAUGCCGAUGAAGACUGGGUGGAUGACGAGGAGGGAGAGGCUGGGAGGGAUGCAGCCUAUACUGUUGUUGCAUUUACGGCUGUAGGCUUUUCUUUGUUUGCUGUCCUAUCUGUUGUUAUUUGCAUGCCAAUCAUAUAUAACUUUGUUGAACAUGUUCAACGCCAGACAAGACGUGAACUCGACUUUUGCAAAGGAUCGGCUAGGGAUAUAAUGAUUGAAGUAGAAAAUAAACAACGCCGAUUAGCAGUAGCAGCACGGAGGAAUCAAACAGAUUUUGCUUCCUUACUCUCUCAUAGUCGAAAUCGUGCUAAACGAGAAUCCUACGGGGGCAGCUGUGAUUCCUGUUGCAUUCCUGGCCAUGCCGGGCGUCCAGGACCGCCUGGGCCAACGGGGACGCCUGGAACACCUGGAGCACCCGGAAGACCAGGAAACCCAGGCAGACCGCCUAUUAUUUGCGAGGAAGUGGAGAUUCCGCCUUGUAAUCCAUGUCCACCAGGUCCGCCAGGCCGUGUAGGUCCUAAUGGCCAGCCUGGAGCACCAGGAAGGCCUGGGCCGCCAGGAAGACCAGGAAACAACGGCCAGCCUGGAGCACCUGGAUUAGCCGGUCCACCAGGUACACCUGGCAAUGCAGGAGCUGAUGGCGAGAAAGGAGAGCCAGGCAGACCAGCAGCAAGCUCACCUUCUAGUCCAGGCGAGCCAGGACCUCAAGGUGAACAAGGGCCUCAAGGAUUACCUGGAGCGGAUGGUUCGCCUGGUAGAGAAGGAUCGCCCGGUCAGCCUGGACCACCUGGACUUCCCGGCGGAACUGGUCCACAAGGACCACCUGGACAACCAGGUCCGCCUGGAGCACCCGGCGUCGCCGGACAACAAGGGGAACGUGGAAUAUGCCCUAAGUAUUGCGCACUGGAUGGCGGUGUAUUUUUUGAGGACGGGACCAGACGUUGAAAUUAAAUAACAUCUCGGCAAGAAUCUGGCAUAAAUUUUGUUUACAUAAAAUUUAAACAGAAAGCAUAGUAUGUAUAAUAUUUUAAGCUAAUUUUAUAUGUAUACAUAAGCGUUUAUAUGCAUAAAAUUUAUCUAAACUGUCAAUUUAAUCAUUUCUUGGUCAAGCGCAAGAAUCUUGUAGCGAAUAUUUGCGGCAUCAC